AUGCAUUCCGCGUCGAACAUUCUGAGGUCUUUGAACUCCGUCCACCUGCCCACUUACAGUCUGCCCCCUCAGGUCAGCAUGAACCCGCCUUCGACUCCACCCGAGGCCGACGAGGCCGAUCCAAUAACCCCGACGAUCGUGAUCAGAUCGCCAGACCAGCACUUGGGCAUCAACCAAUCCUACAAGGAGUCCUCGUUGAAAAAACAGAAAAAGGCCAAAGGGCCAAUCAUGGACUUCCAAAUCCCUCCUCCAGAGGAAUUACCGGUUAUCUACGACGAGCCUGACCACAAAAAGCCGCCUUAUUCGUAUGCCACGCUGAUUGGAAUGGCCAUACUGAGAUCGGAAGAGAGAAAGCUCACUCUGUCCCAGAUAUACGGUUGGAUCUCUCAGACCUUCAGGUACUACAAGAAAGAGGAUGUAGGCUGGCAGAAUUCGAUUAGGCACAACCUUUCAUUGAACAAAGCUUUCACCAAGACUGAAAAGUCCAAGGACGGAAAGGGCCAUUUCUGGAAGAUCGAGACCGGCUACGAGCACAUCUUUCUCAAGAAUAAGGCCUCGUCGAAGAGGAAGAUUGACGAUGCAAAUGGGCCAAUGAACGAGACGAAACCUUCGCUACUGCCACCUCUGCCGAGAGCUCACAUAGACGAGAGCCCCAUACCUGUCAAGAGAUAUAAGCCAUCCGAUAUCAAGAUCGGUAACGGUGAAUUACUCAACAUUCCCUCGUUGGGUGCACCUAGUCCAAACUGGAGAAUGUCGAACGAUCACCAGCCCCAGAUGAUCUUCAAGUCCACAUCUGAGUUCUCCUCAACCACAACUAUCUUCGACUCGCCCAGGCCGUUGUAUGGCAAUGCGAACAGAGAGUUCACCUCUUCGUUCAGUUGCAACUUCGAGCUGUCGCCUGUCAAGGUUAAAGAGACCGGCCCACUGCUUGAACCGAUCACACCAGCCCGCCAGUUCAGGCAGUCCACAAAUCUGACAAAGACUCCAAAUUCCGUCAAAAAACUUUGGAACUCGCCCUCGUAUCUGGAUGACUUUUACACUUCUCCGGUGAACGAUGGGUCUCCAAGGAAGAAGGUGACCGACCUGUUUGGAUUCUUCAACAGAAAGGAGAACGACAUAUAG